AUGUUACCACUGUACUCCCAGCAGCUUAUGAUAGAAUUUAUGGUUGAUAACACGUCCCUCCCCAUCUCUACAAAGCAGCUCUCUAGCAGCAUGUCUAGCAGCAUGUCAGUAACCAUGGUAACAAAGCAGCUGUCUUCUCAGAAGAGGCUAGAUCUAUACGACCCGUGCCACGCCGCCCUCGUGCUAGCUCAGAUAAACAAGUUGUUGGAGAUAGGGAAACUAAGUGACGUGUGUAUUAAGUGCGGAGUUGAGACCUUCACUUCUAGCCAGCUCCUUCUCUCGGCUAACAGUCAUUACUUCAAAGCAAUGUUCCUAAAUGAGUUCGGGUUCAGGAGUGUAGAAGAUACGUGCUGUGAGUUUCUGAAGAGUAUGCUCUCAGUCGACAACCAUCUUAAACUCUGGCACUUUGGUGAUGAAAGAGGAGCUGCAGAGUUAGUGGGAUGGUGUGAUCAGUUCAUAAGAGAAAAUAUACUCCGAAUAUUCGGCACGCAAGCAUGGCUAGAGUACCCCUUAGAGUUAGUGAGGACGGUAGCUGGGUCCAAUUAUUUAACUAUUUACAACGAGAGUCAACUGUUCGAGGGUCUUAUCACGUGGGUGAAACACGACCCUCAUAUCAGAUUACAGUUUCUUACUGAACUCUUCGCUUGUAUCAGGUUGGAUGUGAUCAGUCUGAAGUAUUUGUAUCACGUAAUAUCAGAAGAGAAGCUGCUAAUGGAAAAUAAAGAAUGCAGUGCUCUGAUAAACCUUGUCAAGGACACCAGGACUCUCCCUCUAUCCCUCUCUCCUUCUCCACCUGAAUCAAAGUCGACGCGUGAUAUAGGAUGCGGUGGCUCUCUCUUCAUCAUGGGAGGACUUGGCUCGGAUAGGGAGCCUUCUAGAAUGUUCCAGAGAUUUUCUCUCAGGGAUAUGUCAUGGCAAAGUAUUAUGAGCUUUCCUGAUGCAAUGUGGGGUGGUGCUGGAGUGGUGGUUGAGGGUUAUUUGUUAAUGAGUGGGGGGGAAGGAACAGAAACAAGGAACAAUCUUACUAUCUGCAACCCUGCUAUGUUAGAAGAGAACGAUGGUAGAGAGGUGAUUUGGGACGCGCUGUCUCCCAUGACUAUUGCUAGAUUUGGGCACGGAAUGGUCGAAUGUAUGGGUUGGGCUUAUGUUGUGGCAGCUGUUAUCAAGUCAUAA